AGGACGAGGCCCUAAACGACCGCACUUCCCCCCUCCAGGGUGACUGACUCGAGAAGUGAUGAGACGAGCUCGCCGGUGUGGAGCCGACGGUUGUGUUGGCGGUGGUGGGCAUGAGCAGCGACAUUUCUGAGCUCUCUGCUGCGUCUGUGAAGUGAAGUCUUGAUAGUCUCUUGCACCUCGGACUCGACGGUGCCGGAAGGGGAUCGUCAGGCAGCGGAUAUGGAAUCUCAGGGUAUCCGGAGAAGCAUGAGGUUUUUGAGGAUCGAUGUCGGGACGGGUUUGAUCGGGAGCUCAGAUUGAGUCGGCAGACCGCAAGGUCUUGUUGCACUGGGUCCUUGCAGAAGGAGUUACAUCGGUGCGUGCCACAGCAAAUUUGGGGCUGAAUCGAGCGGUCCGCUCGGUGGACGGUGAGCGCCAUAGAAUGUUUCCCGGCUCACCUCACCGAGGUGAGGUGGAAAUCAGUAUGUGGUGAGGGAGGUGUGGGAGGAACUGCUCGAGUGAAUUGGUGGACUCUGGACAAGGGAUUCGAGGAGCUGGAUGCAGUGGAGCUGGACACUGGGAGGAUCAGGGUGCAGCCUCGAUCAGCAGUCGGGUGGCACCGAUGAAGAAGGGUUUAUAGAUCAGGCAACAUCAGGAUUGGAAUUAUGAGCGUCAAGGGCCUGCAGCAGAUGCAGAUUCUGCAGAGGACCUUGAGAAGCGCCGGGGUCCAAAUGGAGAAGGCAGCGAGCUACACAUUGGUCACCACGAGCUGGAGCUGCGUCGGAGGAGGAGGAGGCUGGAGCAGAGGCGGACUGCCGCCGAAGCACCAUGCGAAGCUCUGGAGGCGAUCGUAUGCGGGCGAGCUGCGGGCGAGCACGGGCGGCGCCAGGGGCUGGGAGUCGGACCGCGCGUUCGGCGCAGCGAGCCCGCAGAGCCGAGCGCUGAAGCUCGUCGGGCGCGAGCGCGACUCCGCCCUGCGCCUCCUGAACGACCUGGAGCGCCAGAAGGGCGAGCGGACUUUGCGCCAGGCAUUGCAUUCGAGCACCGUCCCUCCGGCGCAGGCGCAAGCGCAAGCGCCAGGGGGAGGCCUGCAGGUCCCUCUGCCGGGGACGGAUGUGCUGCAGCCGGACCUGGCGCAAGGGACGCCGGAAUGGCUGAGCCUGCGCCGGAACAGGAUCACGGCGAGCGCCUUCAGCACGGCGCUGGGGUUCUGGAAAGGCGACCGGAGGGCUGAGCUUUGGGAGGAGAAGAUCGGAAUCAAGGAGCCGUUUUCCGGCAACGAGGCGACCCGCUGGGGCACGUCUCAGGAGGCCGGGGCGGUGGAGAAGUACAAGGACAUCACCGGCAAUGGGGUGGACCACGUGGCCUUCAAGAUCUACAAGGCCGGCGACGAGUAUCUGUCGUGGCUGGGCGCCUCGCCCGAUGGGCUCAUCCGGUGCCGGAACGACGGCGAGCAGCCGCUGCCGGCCGGCCAGCGGCUUGGCAUUCUGGAGGUGAAGUGCCCGCACAACAAAGGGCGCCCGGAGCUCGGCGCUCCCUGGGACCUCGUGCCGGCCUACUACAUGCCGCAGGCGCAAGGGCUGCUGGAAAUCUACGACCGCGAGAUUAUGGAUUUCUACGUCUGGACGGUGAAUGGCAGCGCCGUGUUCCGGAUCAAGCGCGACCCCGAGUACUGGGGCUUCAUGUUCCGCAUCAUGUCGGAGCUUUGGUGGGGGCACAUCGUGCCCGCCUCCGUGGCCUUGAAAAAAGGUAAGUCCAUCGCCGAUGUGCAAGUUUUCAGACCUUCCGAGGCUCAUGCUGGAACCGCCAACAUUGUACAAAUGAGUAGAGAUUUAGCCAGGAAGUCGCCGAUGAUCUGGAGGGAACACAAGGGAAGUGUCAUGAAAUUUUGACCGGUUCCUAUCCGCUAACGAAUUUUUCCACGAAUCCGCCCAGGGCCUGCGCCGUAGUUCAGCCGAUUGAGGCAGUAGUUAGUGAUCAAAGCGCGACACGAGUCCGCAGAGUUUUUAGCUUGGGGUCUCCACUCGAGUGAUGGCAGCCUGUCCGAGCUGUGGCAGCACCUUUUGUUUUAGCUAAGAAUCGAAUAGUGUUCUGCCUAGCUUUCGUAAUCCGUACAGCUUCAGCACAUUCUUUCACCGGCGUUAUGUUUUCCCGGUUGUGUAUAUUAGUACGCUGAUUGUGGUACUGCUGGCAAAUCUCAUCUGCCUUUACAGAAAGAUUUAACUAUU